UCCCGGAGGCACCGCACCGUGGAAGACUUCAACAAGUUCUGCACCUUUGUCCUGGCCUACGCCGGAUACAUCCCCUACCCGCAGGAGGAAACGCCGCUGAGGAACAGCCCCAGCCCUCCCAACAGCACCGGCGGCACCAUUGACAGCGAUAGCUGGGACCCCCGCUUCAAUGACAUCCCCUCCUCGGUUUCCCUUCCUGCCAAGAAUAGAAAGAACUUCAGCCAGCUGAAGCGAGCAAAGCCUUACGGUUCCCUGUUCCAGCGGGCAAAGCCUGGCAACUUCCUGCCAGAGCGAAAGCAGAUCGAUAAGAUCAGAAAGAAGAAAAAACUGAAGAGAAGGGAAACGGAGGUGUCUACGGAGGAAGACUAUGAGGAGAAGCUGCUGGAGCUGGAGGCGGAGGACUCUUACACAGAGACACCGAUGAGCCCCUCGUCUGAGGGUGACCCUCAGUCUGUGGCUGAGCACUGCUCAGUCUGGGACUCUGACACGGCCUCCAGUGUCACCUACCCCACAGGGACGGGCGAGCAGGCGGUGGAGAUCCAGAGUGUGGGCAAACGAACGGUCAUUCGGCAGGGCAAGCAGGUCGUCUUCCGGGACGAGGAUGGCACCGGCGAUGACGAGGACAUCAUGGUGGAUUCAGAUGACGAUUCCUGGGACCUGGUCACUUGCUUCUGCAUGAAGCCUUUCGCCGGGCGGCCGAUGAUCGAGUGCAACGAGUGCCACACCUGGAUCCACCUCUCCUGCGCCAAGAUCCGCAAGUCCAACGUCCCAGAGGUCUACAUAUGCCAGAAGUGCCGGGACUCCAAGUUUGACAUUCGCCGUUCGAACCGCUCCCGGACGGGCUCGCGCAGGCGCUUUCUGGACUAAGCGGGGAGGCGCGUGCUGCUGCGCUGCUCGGGCGGGCAGGUGAGCCGUGCAAAGCACAGACACCGGCUGGGGGCCGGGCAGAGCUCCCCCGAACUGCUGCUGCUCAGGCCAAGGGCUGCCCAGCCUGCCUGCGGUACAGGGAUGAGGUAUCGCCGAGUCGUGGAUGGCCGGGGUGGAAGAAGCAGACUGGUCAAAACUGCCGCUAGAUACCAAUUAGCUCAAGAGACAAAUGAAGCUCUCUGGGUUCAGUGGGGUUUUGUCCAGUUACAACUAUGAGUUGGACGAUGUUUUGGGAAUGUAUAAUAUCUUUGCCAUGUGUUUUUUCUCAUCCCAUUGGGAAACUGCAAACCUUCUCUGUGCUAGGAAACUCAUCCUCUGAGGAGGGAGGAGGAGGAGGAGGGAAUCUGUGUGAAGAGUCUGAAAAGUAAAUGGCCACGUGUUUUAAUUUUAAUGUAUUAUUAUACCUGCCCAUUUGUCCGUAUAUAUCAAUCUUAGAUAUUCUAAGGCUCUGUAGGAGUGAGUGUGAAUGCAUACCAACCUCUGUGUGAUCUGCCUCCUCUUCCACGGCCCGGGCAGCAGGUGAGUGCUGUGAGUUGGCGCUGUAUAAUGACAGGACUUCACCCUGCUCUGGGGAACCGGUGCAUUUAGAGAAAGAGAACACUCCUUUCUUUGGACAGGCAGCGCUGGCAAUUAGUUGACAUCAGAUUUCUUAGAAGUCUCUUAACGGUGAUUUUUUGUGACUUUGUUUUGCAUGAUUGGCUCAAAUGUGUUUGGGGGGAAAAGCAUUUGCUCUGUGUCCCGGCCCUUUGUUAAACUCUGAGGUGCUGUUUUAAGAUGACGAUUCUCCCUUUUCUCAGCCCAGAAUUCAAGCGUGGACUGUAAAAGAGGCUGUAGUAAAUGUAGAACCUGGCCAGUCUGGUUCGAGAUUUGAUCAUUUCCAUCAGAACUACAGCUGAGUUGACUUUGUUUCUGCUGUUUAGUUUUUGAGACCAGAUUUGUAAUCAGAAAACCAAAUUCUUUAACCUGUUGGCUGCAAAUUACGCGUAAAAAACCCCACAAAUGCAGGCUAUGUAGCUAGCAAGGUGAAGUGUAAUGAAGAUUCAUCUGGUGCUGGGAAGGACAAGAGAGUGCAGGGAGUCCAGGCUUGUUUGCGAGGCCUCCAAGAUGGAGGCGUUGUCCCUCAGUGACCAAACAGAGCAAGCCGUAUGCAUUGUACAACUUAGGUUUAUGAUUUUGAGACAUUUCUCCCAAGUUACACCUGAUGAAUGUGUUCUCUGUCCUAUGACACGAGGAGAGUCGUUGGCUGGCACUGGAGCUUAUGUGAGACCAGCUGUGCUGGUACGAACGUGUCACGUCGGUCUGCAGCCAGGCCCGUCAGAGCACUGCCUUACCUGAGUGCGGUGCCAGGGGGAGAUGCACCCUGGUGAGGAGCAGGGUCUUCCCAGUGCGCAGUCAGGUACGCCCUGAUGCCUAACGCCAGGCUGCCAAAGCUUUCUGCAGGCUGCUCAGCACAGCAGCGCCCCGGGGCUCCCGUGCGGGACGUGGGCACGGCCGGGUCAGGAGAUGGAGCUGCACGCUGUGCAACUGUUCUUCGGCCUUGGUUCUUCGUAAAAAUCCAUCCCACCACACUGUAACAACUGACUCUAGGUUCUGAAAACCAGCUCCAGCUUCUGUUCAAACUUAGACUGUGACUGUGGUAUGCUGCCUUCCAGAAGCUAAGUGCAACCACCGAGGAGUUUGCCAAAGACUUGCCCCUUAUGGCUGCCUGACUGCUGUUUGCAGCCAGAAAUACAACCAAAGUUCUCUAAUGCUGCCAUUUCACUCUGCAAACAGAAAGGCUUUGGAAGAUCCUGGUUGCGAGCUGUGAGGGCUGGACCUGCUCUGAGCACUGGCGUCUUUGUGUUUACAGCGUGUCUGCAAUUCAACUGGACCUCCCGGAAUGUGUUCUGAAGUUUUAAAGUGUUAAAUGGCCAAGCGAACUGCCUCUUUUUCCCAGAGGUUAAAUACUAAUCAAUGUGACUGACUCUUGUUCUGUUACCUUUUCAGAUUUAUCCCAAUAGAUGGUGUCUGACAAGUCCAGCACAUUACAGUAUCAGCAGAGAGAAAAAAAGUAACAUCUCCAUUGUUUUAGUUCAUCACUUUCAGCCAUAUAUGAUUAUAGUUUAAUUCAGAACUUUAUUUUUCCAUUAAAACUGUUUUAAUGAA